UGCAUGUGCAGAUAUAGAUGCGCAAUUUUUCUGCGCACACGUGAAGGAUCUUUCUCGUGGUCACUGAUUCAAACAAAUACAUAAAAAUAUACAACACCAACUGUCACGUUUGUUAUUAAAUUCAAUUGACUUUGCUUAUAAUUGUCUAAAGAUAAAGUCUAUAAAUUAAAAAAAGUACAAAAAAAUAAAAUAAAUUUAAAGAAGCUUUUGUUACAACAAUUUGAAACCAGCGACUAACGAUAGUUUUUUAUUUUAAUUUUACAUUAUCCAGAAAAAAGUGAGGUUAUAAUAAAAUUGAGUUUUUGGCGGGAUAUUAAAAUAUCAAAUUUUUAAAAAAUAAAAAAAAAUGUUGGACACGGAGUGUGAUCCUGCGAUCGUUAAAAAUUAUUUGGGACACAAGAAAGACAUCACCAGUGUCAAGUUCCACCCUGAGCACCACAAGGUGGCCACCAGCAGUCUGGACAAAUCGUUCAUAAUUUUCGAUUUUGAAAGCUCAUCUCGGUGCAAUCGUUACCUUGGUCACACCGAUGCCAUCAAUGACAUAGAUUAUACUCCUUCUGGUGAAUUGGUAGCCACUGCCUCCAAAGACAGAACUGUCAGAAUAUGGGUACCCAAAGUUCGUGGUCAGUCGUUGGAUUUCAGAGCUCACAGCAGUUCUGUCCGUUCUGUUCAAUUCAGUGCUGAUGGAAAAGAGCUGAUAACAGCAUCCCAUGACAAGGUCGUCAAGCUGUGGAAGAUUCAUCAGCGCAGGUUUUUAACAUCCUACAUCGGUCAUACGCACUGGGUUAAUUCUGCCAGAUUUUCACCAGACAACCGUUUGAUUGUCUCGUGCAGCGAAGACAAAACAAUUAAAAUAUGGGAUGUAGCCAGCGGGCAGUGCAUCAGAACGAUCAAUGAACUCAAAGCGCCUCCAUCGUACGUUGAAUUUCAUCCUUCUGGUGGAGCUAUUGGCUCUGGCAAUGCUGACGGGUCUGUAAAAAUUUAUGAACUACGCACUGGGUCACUGCAUCAGUACUAUGCAGCACACACUGAUGCUGUCAAUAAAAUAUCUUUUCAUCCUAAUGGUAAUUUUAUGCUGACUGCUUCCGAAGAUUCAACGAUGAAGAUUCUGGACAUACUGGAAGGAAGACCAAUCUACACAUUAAAGGGACACACGGGCGGUGUUUCUGCAGUGACGUUUUCACCAACUGGCGAAUACUUUGCAUCCGGUGGACGCGACAACGAGCUACUAGUAUGGGAAUCAAAUCUUGAGCAUCACGAAACUCAAAGAUCUCCGAGGAAAAUGACUUCGAAAGACACUCUGGAGAUUGAAAAAGAAUUAAAGUCUUUGCAGUUCGGUGACGAGACUGAAGGAUCUGAUGACUUGAAGACGACAGACAAAAAUAAUAUUAGCGCUGAGUUGUUGGUGAGUUAAUUUGUUAUUACAACCAACGUUAUUUCAUACAAUCACUGGGAAGUGUCGAACAAUGGACUCAUAACACAAAAAAAUUCUUCAGUUCAGCAACACGUCGACGUUAAAUAAAAUCAUUAAUUUACUCAGGCCAAAAUUUCAUGACAAAGAUAAUUAUUAUCCAAGCUAGUGAUUAAUGAUCUUGACUAUUCUGAUACUAAAAAUAGCAGGCACCCAAGUUCGUACUUAGAGUAAAAAAUUUAUACAUUUAAAAUAUGAAUGUUAAAUUUUUUGCAUGCAUUUAAAUAUUUUUCUAUUGAUAUUUAAUUCGUUUAUUUAAAAAUAUGAAAUUACCGGAAGUCAGAUAUUUUCAAUAUCAUUUUAUUUUAAUAACUGAAAUAAUCGAAGCUUCAUAUAUUCAAAUUUGUUUUAUUUAUUUAAAUCAUUUGAUCGAAUUUAUUUUUUUGUACAUUUAAAAAUUUUGAUUACAGAAGCCGCGAAUUUGAAUUUAUUUAAAAUUAAUAAGUUUUAUAAGUAAUUAACAGUAGAAAUAAGUCUUGUAUUUUAAAAAUUGCAGUUGCAGUCAGUGUUGAUUAUAAUACUUGAAUAUUUUUAAGAUAGAAUACUUGAUGUAUGUGUAGUUAUAUAAAUAUAUGUCUCAGCUUUAUAAGUUAUUAAAAUGCAUUUUUUAAAUUGUGAGACAGUCGUUAUUUUUAAUAAGAAAUGUAUGAUAGUAAUUAUUUAUCAAUUAAUAAAAAUAAUUAAUUUUUUA